CUCACUAUUAAAUGCAUCUUUGAUCUGUUUCUCUUUUUUUUCUUUGCAGUUUGGCUCAAGAUAGUGGUCUAUUUAUGCGUCACAUUAAAAAGACAUUUAUUCUGCUGCUCACAUUAGCAUUUUUAUUGUCUGCUGUUGCUUAUGUCUUUGAGACAACUACAUUCUCUCAAACCUGGUUGAAUAAAAUCAUGAACCGGAUUCAUUAUAAGGUAAUUAAAAGCACUUCGGCUGAUCGUACUGAAAAUGAUUUAUUAGCACCUUUGUCCAAUCAAUAUAUCCAACCAAGAGGUACAACUAUCCAUCAUUAUGUGGCUCAUCCUAGCAACUAUCAUUUCAUCCUGGAUGAACCUGAUAAAUGUAAGCAGGAUCCGUUCCUGGUCUUGAUGGUCCCUGUGGCCCCCCAUCAGCUGGAGGCUCGUAACGCCAUCCGCAGCACAUGGGGGACUGAGAGCUCAGUGCAGGGAAAAGCAGUGCUGACUCUGUUCUUGGUGGGUUUGACUGGAGGAGCUGAAGCUCAACAUCAGCUGGAGGAAGAGAGUCGACAACACAGAGAUUUACUGCAGAGCAACUUUGUGGACUCUUACUUCAAUCUGACCAUAAAGACCAUGGUGAUCAUGGACUGGCUGGCCACUCGUUGCCCUCAAGCAGCUUAUGCUAUGAAGAUUGAUUCUGAUAUGUACAUAAACCUGGAGAACCUGAUGACCCUGCUGUUGUCACCCAACACACCCAGACAGAACUACAUCACAGGCCAUUUGAUGAGGAACGAGGUUGUUGUCAGAAACAUAAACUCUAAAUGGUAUGUGGCAGAGGAAUUGUACCCUGAACCGAAAUACCCCACAUACCUACUGGGAAUGGCAUAUGUUUUCUCCAGUGACCUACCAAAAAAAUUAGUUGAGGCAUCAAAGAAAGUAAAGCCCUUUAACAUAGAAGAUGCAUAUGUGGGCGCUUGUCUGAAACAGUUGGGCGUUGCACCCUCAUCUCCCCCAGACUCUUCACAGUUUAAAGCCUAUAUGGGGCAAUAUAAGCGAGAGGAUUUUCUCAGAGUUAUCACGACAAUCCUGAGUUCCCCACAGCAGUUAAUAGACAUUUGGAAGGACUUAAAGGGGCCCAUAUAAGUCUAUUUAAGGGCUCAGUCAGUUAACAUUUUGUAAAUGUCUGAAAGCUGAGAUUGGCAGACCGACAUACACAUGUGGACAUAGUGACUGUAUUUAGACGGAGCCAGGGGAUCGUCUGAGGAGCCACUCACGCAACACACACUCCUGUGGAAGAACUUCUUGAGACAUGUUUUUAACGUUUAACUUCUUUUACCAUGAAACAGGGUUUUAAAAACACAGCACUCCACCAGAGGAACAAAUAUCAAGGAAAUCAGCAAUGUUUGUUACAUAGAAAAAUAAAAGAACAAAAAUGGUUUUGUAAUAUUACAAUAACCUUUCACAGUCUCUAUUACAACUUUUAAGUUUAAAUGUAUAGUUUUAUGAAAUGAACACAAAAGUAUAGACUGUAUACAUACACAAAGAUGAAUUCCACAUAAUAAUAUUUUUAACUGAAAGGCUAAACUGUGUUUGAAAAGCAAAAGUAUUUUUCCAUAAAUCUCUUUUGGGGCAGGUUGUCAACUGGUGUCAUAUUUACCUUGAAUAUUGAAACUGUAAACUAAUUAAUUUACCAUUUCUGUUGGCCAGAACAAGGGUUUGAUUUAUGUGCAUUGUUUUUCAUUUUUAUUGCAUAUUGAGUUAUUAUGUGUUUGAUAACUUAAUUAUUCUUUGAGUAUUGCUGGAAAAAAAGUUUCCUAGAUCAAUGCUCAAUGUUCUGUGAAAUUUGUAACUCAAAUGUGCCUCCCCAGUCUAAAAAGAGUAGGCCUAUUUAGUGAACCUGCAGAUUCAUAAUUUCUAUUUUUUUUCUUUUUUUUUUAUGUAUAUCUGUUUUUGUUUGUGAGCUAUGUGUUUCAUUUUACUUUUAAGGUUCAUAUUCUUAAACUGUGAUCUCAGUAA